UAAAGUCAAGACGUCCGGAUCGAAAUUAGAAGCUCUCCGUGAAUGGCAGUUCGGUAGUGCCUUAAGCUUGUGUGUAGUACAUCAUGCGUUAUCAACUGCGAUGGUUCAUUCUGCUGUCCACUGUAUUGUGCACGAUGGGCGAAACAGUGGGUGUUAAUCGUUUAGUGUGUGGAAGGCGUAAGGUAAGAUCUGUUUACCUCAUCCACAAUGGUAUUGAUGCGAGAGCCGGGCACUGGCCAUGGCAUGCGACCAUUUUUCAACGAAAGAACGGUGAAGAAGACUACAGCUGUGGAGGAACCAUCAUUGAUGAGGAUACAAUUCUUACAUCUGCUCAUUGCGUUGUAGUGUCCAAUAAAGCAAUUCCAGCAAAUCAAAUCUCAGUGCAUGUGGGUCGUAUGCAGCUAAAAGAAUCAAACCAAUAUACACAGGUCCACAACGUGCGAGAAAUCAUACCACAUCCUGGAUUCAAAUCAAGAAGAUUUGUGCACGAUAUCGCACUGAUCAAGCUUGCCACAAACAUUACGAUGACAAAGUUCGUUCAACCAGUUUGUCUAUGGACGAUGGACAACGAGCAGGAGUUGAUCGUGGGCAAGAACGGUACAGUGCUCGGGUUUGGCCUAACUGAGCAAGAUGUUGUGGCGGAACACCUGAAACAGGCACUGGUUGGUGUAGUGGACACAUUGACCUGUAUCGAAAACGAUCGGGCAGCAUUCGGAACACAGCUCACGCAGGAGAUGUUCUGCGCUGGUGGAGCGGAGGGAGUCAGCGCGUGCAAUGGCGAUAGUGGCGGAGGUUUAUUUUUAGAAAUCGAUGGCAAAUGGUUCGUACGGGGCAUAGUCUCGUUUAUACCAACACACAGAAAGACAGGCCUGUGCGACACAUCGAAGUACACAGUUUUUACCGAUGUGGCGAAGUAUAUGGAAUGGAUCGAGCAGUACAUUAACCGAAACGUGUUGGUGUUUGACACGGAUGACUACGAUGUGGAUUAUGAGGAGAAGCUUCCGCUGUUUAACUUGAGCACGUGUGGCAUAAGCUCUACCACCUUUUGGGCUGACGAGUCACGAUCGACGUUACCUUGGUUGGGGAAUGUCAUUGUGUAUCCUACAACUUUCGCUAAGUGCAUCGUUACUCUUGUGAGCGAAUGGUACGCUAUUGGUCCUGCGAGUUGCCUGGAGAAUGCUGGAAGCGAGCUUCGUGUAAGAUUAGGUGAUUAUCAGCAUUCACCAGAGAGCAAGUGUUUCGAUCGCAAUGGAACGACGGUGUGUUCCACCCCAUCGCAAACUCUACAAAUCCAUAGAAUAAUCAUCCAUCCAAGGUACAGCAGAAAACAAUUCACAGACAACAUAGCGCUGAUUGAGCUACUAACUCCUGUGGACACAACGCAGCCGAAUGCGAAACCCAUCUGUGUGCCGAUUGUAAAAGAGCUUUACACGAACCAAACGGCGAACCUAUCGGUUGUCAGUUAUUCAUCGAACAAUCGAUCAUUCGAAAGUAAACCCAUAAACUAUGUGAACGCCUCAUACUGUGCAAGUGUUUACUCGGAAAAAGGAUUGAAACUCAGCUUGGAAGAGAAGCGAAUUUGUGGAACAUUGUCAGCCGAAGAUGCAGUGGACUGUACUGCACUUAAGGCAGGUGUGGCUUUGCAGGAGUUGGUUACUUUCGGUACAAGCGAACGAUAUGUUCUUCGUGGAUUGGAUGGGUUCGGGCUUUCUUGUGGAGAAGAUUUACCACCGACUGUUUACAUUAAUUUGUACGCUUACCUCGAUUGGAUGCUCCAUAGCAUGAGAUCCAAUGAGCUGGAUGAGUCGGCCUUCGAUUCCGCCAUCGAGUCAAAAUGGAAGAAACUACAACAGCAAGAAGGUAAAGAAAAGCUGCGUAUCUUCGAUAUGGAGUCUUGUGGUGAGAGCUUAACCUUGCAAGGAAAUGCUCGAUCGAUUACUUAUAUGCCUUGGAUUGGUUCGCUAGAGGGAAUUGAAGAUGUGUUUAAUACGGCGGAGAGAUUACAAAGCAAAAUAGUACUCAUCAGCGAGUGGUAUGCAUUGGCACCGGCUCAUAUUUUCAACAAAACAGUAUCUUGGCGUUCAAUUACUCUAGGCUAUCACGAUGUGCUUUUGGAGUUGCGUUGUGACAUUGUGGGAUGUGAUCGUCCUUAUCAGAAAAUAGCCAUCAAACAGGUUAUUAUUCAUCCAGAUUACGAUGGAACGUUACAUUCGAAUAACAUUGCCCUGAUCGAGUUGCUGGAGCCCGCCAACACGACUAAACCUUUCAUCAGUCCCAUCUGUUUGCCGCUUAUGGAAGACCUUCGCAACAGCACACCGUUGGAGUUCCGGAUGUCAACCAGUCUGUUGGACAGUAGAAGGACGAUCCGUUUAAGCUCACUCAACUGUCAGGCACGGCUCAUCCAUCGAUCUUAUUUCUUUUCUAGUCACGAAAUUCCACUAUGUGCAGAUGACUACGAAAGUGGUGUUAAGCGGUUUGUAGAACAUGAAGGUUCUGCACUGCAAGCACUUUUAUUUUUUGCCGAUCAGAAACGUUUCUUUCUUAACGGGAUAAGCUUUCUGUUGAGGACUGAAAGGUCAAUAAAUGAACAGUUACCUUACUUUUACACGGAUACAAACCUGUAUCUAGACUGGAUCCUGGAUAAUAUGAACAGCAGAACAGAUCGUAAUAUUACAAACAACGAACGGACGUCACAACCGAGCCGAUUGAGUCGAACACCAGUGCGAAAUGUGUCCAAGAGGAGGCUUUUCAAUUUUAACACAUGCGGCUUACAUUCGAAUGGUUCGGCAGAACCAUGGAUUGGUUUCGUGGAAGCUUGGGAUCCUGCCUAUCAGUCAUAUCAAUCUUCGAAAUGUGCUGUCACCCUUAUCAGCGUUUGGUAUGCCGUAGGUCCAGCGCGUUGUCUAAAUCAUGAAGUUGAUCAGACAUUUGUUCAGUUUGGUGGUUUCGAAAGAUUGGGAGAGAUGGAAUGUAACGCUGAGAUCUGUAAACCUCCAACACAGACCAUUCCGAUCGAGAAGAUCAUUCUGCAUCCUGGCUACAACACUAUGAACCAUGACAAUAACAUUGCUUUGGUGCAGCUUGUCACACCUGCCGACAUUACCCAAGAUAACGUAAAUCCCAUCUGCUUACCCGUUAUAGACGAAGUACGCAGUUAUGAUGUAUCCAGUAUGAGGGUAGCUUCAUUUGCUGCAGUGUUAGAGAAAUCCUUAAUCACGACGGAGAUCGGUGAUAAGUACAUGGAUCCUGCCGAGUGUCAAAAGCGAUGGGAUGGAUUAGCAUUGAAUGUUCCGAUACAGCACACAAAACUGUGUACACUUAGGCUAGAAAGUCUCGAAUGUUUCAGCAUAGGACAAGGUUUUCCACUUCACACGACACAAGCAUUAUUGGGAAUAGAACGACGUUUUCUUCGCGGAGUAAUGACCGAACGACCAGGAGACUGUGACACAUACUAUCCGCUAGUCUAUACAGAUGUUGAUGUUUAUCUUGAUUGGAUAUUGGAGAAUAUGAAUGCGACGUUAAAUACGCAGGGACUGGCAAGUAAUUUAACAGAAUAUUUAAUAUUUGUGUAGCUUGGGGGUAUUUUUUAAAGUGUAAUAAGUCGCGAGUAAUAAAUUCCGAGUUAUCGAUCGGAGAAUCGAUGUCCCGUAAUUGGAUUGUAAGCAACUUAUAUUCUUUAUUCAAAUGAACGAUAAUACGACGGUCCUUAUUAGUUAUGAAAAGUAAGUAUAUAAGUAAUAAUUCUACAAUAUAACAAUUUUGGAAAAGGUCAUUUAAGGUCGUCAGAGAAUGCGUAGUAGAUCUAAACUGAGAUAGAGUGAUGACGUUGAUACAUCCACUCCUGUGACCAGAAAGCGGUUAAUGAGCGGUUUAGAGAAAUCUCCUGCAGCAGGCCAAGACUGCAAGUGGUUAUAGUGCAGGAUAAGUUAAAAAAUAUGAUUUAUAAUAGUAGUAAAAGUUUUCUGUUUUCCAAUUGAAUACUUUCAUUCACGUUGUGUUUGUAACUAGCUUGGAUGUCUACAACACAACUUGUUAGGCCGUAUGUUUCUUCUGACGUCAAGGUCACAAUCAAAAUCCUAAAUCUGCAAUGACCGGUUUUAAGUUGUAUAGUUCAGUUAGUCAACCAGUUCGUUAUGUGUUCCAAAAAUAAAAUAAUGGGUUUUUUCUUGGCUGAUAACUGUUCAUGUAGUAGUAAUUAAACCUGUUCCAAUAUUUGUUUCUUUCUGGAAAUCCUCAAAUCCAUACCGGAAACCAGUUUCCCAAAUAAACCACCAGACUUGACCUGUCUUGGCGAACUGAAACAGAAGUCUUUGAAAAAACCUGUUUCGAUUAUCCA